CGAAAUAAUUUUAAUCUUGACCAUUUCAGUCCGGUAUCAUUAAAUACGAUACAUUAACAAACACUAGGGAUCUCCUUUGAGUUUUCCACAGUUACUUUAUAAAUAGCCUAGGUAUAUUAAAAAAGCCUUAAAGGUAAGCAAGAUGGCUAAUAAUGAUACACCAGAAAGUGACUUUUCAAUAGAAUGUUUUCAAAAUUACUCCGCUCCGGAAGUAUUUGUGCAAGGCCUAGCUGGUAUGGUCGAUCAGACAGAUGUAGAAACUAUUAUAAGGGCACAAAAAAACAUGUUACAGCGCUUUGAGAAAACAACCGAAAUGCUUACUAACUGCAACCAGCUGUCGGCCAGUCGACUACGAGCAGCUUCUGUAGAAUUCAAGAAGCACACCCAGCUUCUAAUGGAUAUGAGAAAAGACCUUGAAUUUAUAUUCAAGAAGAUAAGAGCUAUAAAAACUAAAUUAAGUACUCAAUACCCUGAAGCCUAUAAAACAGCAGUGGCAGCAUCCAUAGCAAAUAGAAAACCAAUAGACGAAGAAGAGGAGGAAGAUUUUAAACCUUCUGACACAAAGAUAGAGUCUAAAAUGGUAGCCACAGUUUCCACAGAGACUUUAAAACCGACAACAAGUUAUGAAAAACCACACAAAAAUAAAAAUAUUCUCAAAAGUGACCAUAGUAACAAUAAUUCUCAAGAUGCCUGCAGCGUUGCAAGCACAGAUAAUAAAAAGGAAAAUGGUAGAAAAGCAAAAAGAAAUAGUAGCUCAUCUGAAACUGAAAGUGCUAGUUCAGGUGAUGAUAGCAGUACUGAUACUGGAUGAAAAUAGCCUUUUUAAUAUUUAGAUUCAAGAAUACUAUUCCUCAAUUUAAAUAGAGUACACUAUCAUAUGGGUGCACACCCUUGCUUAAAAAAUGUUGGUUGAACUUUAGUGAAUGAUAGAAAUACAUUUCUCGAGGCUUUGGGAAGCUAGAGAUUAACUGCUUAUUGAAUGAGGAUCAAUUAUUUAUUAAAAACAUAAAUAAAAGGCCUUAAGUGAAUAUUUGAAAAUACAUACAAAAUUCAUUUUAUGUCAAAAACAACAAUAUUAGGAGUCAUUUACUAUUUUAACAAUUCAAUAUUUCAUAUUUAACAUAUUUUUCACAAUAUUAACCCACUAAAUUUUAUAAAAUAUCAAUAUAAAGAAAUAAAAUCAAUAAACAUUAUUGAAGGUCUUUUAUUAUACUUAUAAGUGAUUCUUACAUCUAAACAAUAAUAACAUAAAAAGCCACAUAUCAGAUGCAGAUUUUCUGUAAAUGUGUAACAUUAACAAAUUGGUUAUUUAAAGAUUUAUAAACUACAAGGAUAAAUGCAAUUUCUGGUUAGUAAGCAAUUAUCGUCUAAACAUCACAGGGUAUAA